AUAGCUUUAGAGAACUAUACAAAAGGCAGAAACUAAACCAUGAAUGCUAACAACUAAUAAGAAACAUUUUAAACAGACAAAACGCUGUAAAUAGCGCAAAACAUACUCAACUGACCUCAUAUAUGUUCUCAGUACGCAUUAUUACAUACAUCCAUGGGGCACCUUGUCACCAAACACAAGCAGAUGGAUCUAAGUGGCUUGCCUCAAGGUCACUUUUAUUCUACUGAAGAGGUGCCAGGACAAUACCCGAGUCAGGUUGAGGGUACUGUUGGAGAAAUACAAGCUAGAAGAAAUAACAGUGAAAUUAGCAUCAGCAUGGAAUGGGAAACCACCAGACAGGCAUCAGAACAUCAGAAUUCAAGGCAGCACUGCCAACGAAAGUCCAUUUACAGCACCGUGGACCGAGUGCCUCAUGUCGAGUUUUACAUCAACUCUGUAGGCCGGCAACAAAGUAGCAGGCCAUCGUUGGAGCUUCUCCGCAAGGUUUCUGAAGAUUGUGAAUCAGGUAGUCAUAGAGGGGACCUAAGAACAGAAAACCAAGCAGUGAUCCACGAGCAGGAUGAGAAGCAGCAGAAGAACAGUAAAGGGAAGAGCACCCAACCAGUCCGCUUUGGCUGGGUCACAGGUGUCAUGGUUCGAUGUAUGCUGAAUAUCUGGGGUGUAAUUCUCUUCCUGAGAGUGCCUUGGAUUACAGCUCAAGCAGGAAUCCUUACUACGUGGGUUAUCAUUUUCAUGUCUGUACUGGUAACCUCAGUCACUUCAUUAUCAGUGUCGGCUAUUUCCACCAAUGGCAGAGUCUCCUCUGGUGGUGCCUACUUUAUGAUUUCACGGACCUUGGGCCCUGAACUGGGAGGUCCCAUUGGUGUGGUAUUCUCUUUUGCCAAUGCUCUCGGCUGUGCACUCAACACUGUGGGAUUUGCAGAGACUGUCCGAGAUCUUCUUAUCAAAUAUAAUGCUCUCGUUGUGGAUGAAAUCAAUGAUGUGCGUAUAAUAGGUGCAAUCACAGUCACUUGUCUUUUGCUCAUCUCCUUGGCUGGAAUGGAAUGGGAGUCAAAGACUCAGAUUUUAUUCUUCCUUGUGUUGAUUGCGACCUUCACUAACUAUUUUGUGGGCACUGUAAUACCAGCCACUCCAGAGAAGCAGUCAGUGGGCUUCUUCAACUACAGAUAUGAGAUCUUUGUGGACAACUUAUUUCCCAAAUGGAAAGGGUCACAGGGAGAUUUCUUCCAGAUGUUUGCUAUAUUUUUUCCUUCUGCAAUUGGUAUUUUGGCAGGUGCCAAUAUCUCUGGAGAUUUGAAGGAUCCUGAAACCGCUAUCCCCAAAGGAACACUAAUGGCCAUCUUUUGGACAACCAUAAGCUAUUUAGCAAUUACUGUAACUGUAGGGGCAUGUGUUUUACGAGAUGCUUCUGGAAACCUGAAUGACAGUUUACCGGUGAACAUCUCAGAGCCAUGUGAGGGUUUAGGAUGCAAGCUAGGUUGGAAUUUUACUAUGUGUUUGCAAAGCCAGUCCUGCUCCUUUGGCCUGGCCAACAACUUUCAGGUGCUUGAUAUGGUGUCAGGUUUUGGCCCUCUCAUCACUGCUGGCAUUUUUGCAGCCAGCUUAUCAUCAGCUCUUGCCUUCCUGGUCUCUGCUCCUAAAGUCUUCCAAUGUCUCUGCAGGGACAACAUAUACCCAUACAUAGGCUUCUUUGCAAAGGGCUAUGGGAAAAAUAAUGAGCCACUGCGUGCGUACAUUCUGACCUACUUCAUUGCUUUGGCUUUCAUUCUCAUUGCCGAGUUAAACGUCAUCGCUCCUCUUAUCUCUAAUUUCUUCCUGUGCUCCUACGCUCUUAUCAACUUCAGCUGUUUCCAUGCCUCAAUCACCAACUCACCAGGGUGGAGGCCAUCUUUUAAAUAUUACAGUCUCUGGACAGCUCUGUUUGGAGCAGUUAUCUCUGUGGUGCUGAUGUUCCUGCUUACCUGGUGGGCUGCUCUUAUCACCUUCGGCAUCAUCUUCUUUUUAUUAGGUUAUGUUAUGUACAAGAAACCAAAGGUUAACUGGGGCUCGUCUGUCCAGGCUGGUGCCUACAACAUGGCUCUGUCCUACUCAGCCUCUCUUGCUACUGUUGAAGAUCACGUCAAGAAUUUCAGACCUCAGUGUUUGGUUUUGACUGGUCCUCCAAACUUGCGUCCGGCUCUUGUUGACUUUGUGGGUUCUUUCACAAAAAAUGUCAGUUUGAUGAUCUGUGGAAACAUUCUCAUGGAUGAAAACAAGUCUGUCACAUCCCAAGCCAAUACAGACAGAUUAGUAAAAUGGCUGAACAGUAGGAAAGUCCGUGCCUUCUACAUUCCCUUUAAGGGAAACAGUUUGAGAGAAGGAACUCAGCAUCUCAUGCAGGCUUCUGGUUUGGGAAAACUUAAACCAAAUACACUAAUCAUGGGGUUCAAGACUAACUGGAAGGAGUGCAGUCCCUAUAACUUAGAGGAUUAUGUUAACACCAUAUAUGAUACAUUUGAUUCUAACUAUGGAGUGUGUAUUCUCAGAAUGAUGGGUGGACUUGACAUUGCAGAAGAGAUGGAGUCUGCAGCAAAUUAUGCUUUUGAGGCAGAUGAGACCAUGGAUUCAGAACAGAGUCAGAAAUCGGAAAUAGAAUCAGAUGAUGUAAAACCAAACCACAUUAUUGACAAUGAGAGCAGAACAGUUUUCCAGAGCAAACAGGGACAGAAGACCAUAGACGUGUACUGGAUCUCUGAUGACGGGGGUCUGACUCUGUUGGUGCCAUAUCUGUUAACUAGAAGGAAGCGCUGGAGGAGAAGUAAAGUUCGUGUUUUUGUCAUAGGGGAGCUGCAGACCAUGGAACAUGAGCGCAAAGAGAUGAUCGAUUUACUACAAAGAUUUCGUUUGGAUGUCCAUGAUGUCAUUGUAAUGACAGACACUGAAAGGUUGCCUUCAUCCAAAAACUUGAAGCGAUUUGAGGACUCUGUUGCAUUGUUCAGGAUCAGAGAGGAGCAGCAAAGACAGGAGGCAGAGCAGCAACAGAAGACAUCCUGUCCAUGGAAAGUUUCAGAUAAACAGAUGGAUGCAUUCAGGCUCAAGUCAGAGAGAAAGGUGAGAUUGAAUGAGAUCAUUAGGAGGAAUUCCAAACAUGCUGCUCUGAUCUUGGUUUCCUUACCUGUCCCUCAAAGCGAUUGUCCCAGUUCUCUCUAUAUGGCUUGGCUGGAUACACUGAGCUUUGGACUUCACUGCCCUGUCCUGUUUAUACGAGGAAAUCAGACGAACGUGCUCACAUUCUACUGCCAGUGA